AUGCCUCAGACCCAAUUGACAGCGCUUCAUCAGGGGGCUGCAAGAUCCGAUGCACGACUGGUGCAGUCACUGCUCCUGCGAAAGGCCGAGUUGAAUCCCACGGAUCAGCAUGGGCGCACUCCGCUGUAUGAGGCUGCUAGUCGUGGUGCAGUGGACUGCCUCAAGCUCUUGGUCGACGCCGGUGCCGACAUCAACGUGCCUGACUCGUCGGGGGUCACGGCCAUGUUUGCAGCGGCCACAGAGAACUACGAGCGAUGUGUCGACAUCCUGUUGGCCGCACCAAUUCAGAGAUCGACACAGGAAAAGAACGUUGAUAUCGACGGUUGGACACCACUUCAUUGGGCAUGUCGCCACAGAUCGUAUGAUACAAUCAGACUUCUUCUGGACCGGCAAGCAAACAAGAAUGCUGUAACAUAUCGCGGAUGGCGACCAAUCGAUGUUGCAAAGUAUCACGGC